AUGCUAGAGACUGUUAUGACGCUCUUGCGCCAAGGGGGCCUGGAGCUAGUGCGCGCGCCAUCCUUUUCCCCGGCCACGCUGGUGGUCGAUUGCACGUUUACUGGCAACGUGGACACCUCCACCCUUCGAGUCCACAUGGUCGACGCGUUUCGAACCCAACUGGUGACGUACACGAUGCAAACGUUGCGAGCUGUUCAACCACUGAUACAUCAAGAUGAAGCAUGCGUGCUGGUUGCCACCCAGUGGACCAACCUGACGGCAUUGCGAAGUAACCCAAGCGGGGGCUCUGAGCCAUCCGUUGAGCCGACAUAUGCCAUGCAACUGGGGUCCCACCCAACACUAGAACGUGUGGAUGUUGUGGAAGCAGUCUGCAACGCUGUGGAGUGGACGGUGCGCACACAAAACGGCACAAUUUACGAUGUGUUUGGGAUGCAGGGCGUGUACUUCGGACGCGGCACCGACGAUUUGACCAUGUCGUUGCCCGGUCAUACGAUGCAGUUCAUGUGGGCACGAGACCAUGCGUCAGCAAUGGACCGACUGACAACCAUGACUAUAUUGCACCAAACCACCAUCUCGCACUCGUUUGCAUGGAUUCAGGCGUUGGUGGUGGUGGGUAGUCAACUUGGUGGUGACUGCUAUUGUCGUGGUCAGUCAAGUCCGAGCCACUGGAGAUGUCGUGUUGCCGCAGGUGUUCCCCGCUGUCCAGCGUACGUUGGCUAG